AAGCUCUAUCUAGAAAUACCUAGGGACAUACCUCGUACCUUCUCAACCUACCAGGAAAUCAGCUGUUCAAGUCAAUGCCAAGAAACAACACUCGCCGCCUAGUCAGAAUUGUGUCGUAAUCCAAGUCAAGGCCGAAGAAGACUUCCAAAGAGGUUGUUCACCUUGAGAUUCAGCAAUUUCGAUCUUCUAAACUGGUUUCUCGGACCAUCUGAUGGUCUCAAUGAGUUCAUGACGCUCAGUCAUAACGUACAUGGACCCAGUUUGACUGUUGGACUUUUGCCCCGCCUCUAGGCCCGCCCAUCAUGGUUUUUCUGACACUCGGGGCGGCCUUUUCGGUGUCCGGACUCUCGCUCCUCAAGAGUCGCUGCAAGCUGAAGGCCUCAGAAUUUGAUCAAGACCAGGAGGACAACCAAGCGCAUUUGGCCAUGUUCAAAGGCUCCAUGCCUUGGUUGGCUGAGCCGUUGACCGACAAGGGCGAGCUCCUUCGCUCGGAAAAGGACUCCAUGCGGGCCAGAAUGGAGCUGAUGGUCUUGAAGGCUCAAAAAGAUAUUUGCUAUGAGCUGGCUAAGCAGGAGAACUCGCGGUAUCGAUUCCGCGUGGACCGCUGGGAACGCGAAGAAGGCGGCGGUGGGAUCACUUGCAUCAUCCAGGAUGGGGACACCUUCGAGAAAGCCGGCGUGAACAUAUCCGUGGUCCACGGGAUCAUCCCACCCUCGGCCGUGGCUCAAAUGAAUUCGCGUGGCAAGAACCUGCCCGAAGGCAAGACCAUGCCGUUCUUCGCGUGCGGCAUCAGCUCGGUGAUCCAUCCGCGCAAUCCCAAUGUGCCCACCAUCCACUUCAACUUCCGCUACUUUGAGGUGGAGGAGGGUCCCAGUCAGACGCGUUGGUGGUUCGGGGGUGGGUGUGACCUCACGCCCUACUACCUGGACGAGGACGAUGCCAAGCGGUUCCACCGCACCCUCAAGCACACGUGUGACAAGCAUAACGACGAUUACUACGAGAAAUUCAAGACCUGGUGCGACAACUACUUCAAGAUCAAGCAUCGCGGCAUCACUCGCGGCAUCGGGGGCAUCUUCUUCGACGAUCUGGACCUGCCCAACAAGAACUCGUGCUUCCAGUUCGUCAAGGACUGCACCGACACCAUCGUGCCCAUCUUCCUGCCCAUGGUCAAGAAGCACAAGAACGGAGCGUACGGCUACAAGGAGCGCGAGUGGCAACUCAUCCGCCGCGGACACUACGCCGAAUUCAAUCUGGUCUACGACCGCGGCACCAAAUUCGGCCUCUACACGCCCGGGGCUCGCUACGAGAGCAUCCUGAUGUCGCUCCCGCUCAAUGCCAAAUGGAGCUAUAUGUACCAGCCCAAGCCCGGAUCCAGAGAGGAGAAGCUCACCGAGAUUCUCAAGAACCCUCAGGAAUGGGUCUGAGGAAAGGGGGGGGGGCUCGAUCCUGAAACACACUCGUAAAGCGAUCAUGUACAAUUUGUAUUUAAAACGACCACUCGACAUUCCCAGUUCAAUAAUACAUUGUUAUA